AUGAAGCCUUGUCUGCCCUUGUCUAUGGUGGGGAGUGUUCCCUCGCAUCCCCUGACACUAGGGGGUGUGCUGAAGCUGUGGCUGUGUGAGUUGUGGCUUCUACUGAUGGGCUCUGGUUUGAACGCCAACUUCCUGCCUCAUGAAGAGGAUGUGGACUUCAUCAAUGAGUACGUGAAUCUCCACAAUGAUAUCCGAGGCUCCGUCUUCCCCGCAGGGUCUAACCUGCGCUUCAUGACUUGGGAUGUAGCUUUAUCACGUACGGCUAGAGCAUGGGGGAAGAAAUGUGUGUAUCAGCGUAAUACUCAUUUAAACAAAGCACAUGAGGCCCAUCCCGUAUUUAAUGGUAUCGGUGAAAACAUGUGGGUUGGCCCUGAAAAUGAAUUUACCGCAAGUAUCGCCAUCAGGAGCUGGCAUGAAGAAAAGAAAAGUUACAAUUUUCAAAAUGACACUUGCGUUGAGGAUGAAAACUGUUCUCAUUAUAUUCAGCUUGUUUGGGACAACUCCUACAAAGUUGGUUGUGCUGUUACUCCAUGUCCAAGAAUUGGAAAUAUCCACUUUGCCGCACUUUUCAUAUGCAACUAUGCACCAGGAGGAACGCUGACAAGGAGGCCUUAUCAAGCAGGGGCAGUUUGUUCUCGAUGUAACAAUGCCGACAGUUGCACAGACUUUCUAUGCAGUAAGCUAAAAUAA